AUGGAGUAUGACACUCAACUACAAGAACAAUUGCUGAAGAAGAUUGAAGAGCUUGACGUUGAAGAUGCCAACCUGAGAGAUGAAAUGGCUAAAUUAGCCUGUUACGGAGCCAGUUCCGGCAUUGGCGUUGAUUUUGGAAUUAAAAAUAUAGAUUGCAGUAACCAGUCUCCAUUAGAUUCAGCUCAACGACCCGGACCAACCAGUUCAUGUAGAGAGAUUGGUUGGAGUCAUGGCGAAACGCUGCCAACAUGGAAAAUUGGUUCCGCUUCAUCCAAACAUAUAGAGAGAAGUAUCCUUGACUCGUACAAUAUCUUGCAGUCAAUUGGUCAGGCAAUUCAUAUUGUUGAUGACAAAAAUCUGAUAAUUUACUGGAAUCGAGCUGCUGAAGGCUUGUAUGGUUAUUCUGCAUCAGAAGCCAUUGGUCGUAAUAGUCUUCACCUGAUUGUUGACGAGCAGGACUAUAAAGAUGGAUGCGAAAUUAUUCAUAGAACUUUCAUGGGGGAAAGCUGGACAGGGGUGUUCCCCGUCAUUAAUAAACAAGGAAGACGAUUUCGAGUUAUUGUAACUACUGGUCAGCCCUUCCACGAAACUCGAACUACGUUUACUUCUACAAGAAAUCCUUCAAAGGAAGCUGCAUAUCGUCAGCCAUCUAAAAGUUGUGCACCUGCAACUACUGGUCUUAACUCCCAGCAGAAGCCGCUCCAAGUUACAAUUCCUUCCAAGCUGCUUAAUCUGGACUGCCAUAUGAAUCAGACAUCAAGAACGGCUAAAUUUGUACGGUCGGUAAAAGCCAUUAAAUAUGACAUCCGAGGUGGGAAAAAACAGUAUGUUGAACGGCAAGUUUCCUUAGAAACCGUUGUCUCUGACCCGAGAGAGCAUGCCCAAGAGAAAAUGUAUCAGGAAAGACUUUUAGGAGAUCUUGGUGAGAAGGACGAAAGUAUGAUCGGAGUCUGCAAAAUGGCUCAUGUGCGACUGUGUAUCACGGCCUAUGGUGUGGCUCCGUAUGUUCUCUUUUACAUGUUGGCAUUUUUCAUUUGUGGCAAUGGAAUGAACUAUGGGAGUUUAUUUCAGUUGCUUCGACGUAACCCUCCUGCAUUAAAUUGGAAACGGCGUGUUCUCAUGGCUUUGGACAUCGCACGAGGUAUGAAUUAUCUUCAUUGCUACAAUCCACUAAUCGUUCAUCGUGAUUUGAAGUCGUCAAAUCUGUUGGUUGAUAAUAACUGGAAUCUGAAGGUUGCGGAUUUUGGUCUCUCACGCCUCAAACAUGCAACCUUUUUGACAACAGAGAACGGGGAAGGAACGCCACAAUGGAUGGCUCCAGAGGUCAUACGCAGUGAGCCGGCAGAUGUGAAAUCUGAUGUGUAUAGCUUUGGAGUUGUAUUGUGGGAGCUUGCUACCCGAAAAGUUCCUUGGGAUGGUUUGAUCCCAAUGCAGGUGAUUGCUGCUGUAGGGUUCAUGGACCAACAACUUGAGAUCCCAGAAGAUACCGACCCACAAUAG